UUGGUAAAAAUACUACUCUCUGCCGUGACCUUUUUUGAUCGUGACUUAUUAUUUUACGUUACCAUGUUUUACGUUUAUUCCACAUCGCGAACGGUUCCUGCGGAUUGAAAUACUUGAAAAAUAAAAAAACACGGUUACGCCGACCCUCGGUCUUUUCAUCAAAGAAAUAACUAAAUUAAUUUUUCAACUACCACAAGACUCUUCGUACAAAUGAGCGUUGAGAACGAGGAAACUUCUUACAAAAUGGAGCUGAACCCCGGUCGUUUUCUAUAUAGGUGUUUGUAAUAAAAUUUCAAGAUUCUGUAACGCCUGAAACGCAGACUGACUUUGAAACACGUAUCUAACGUCCGUAUAAACUUGUGAUGUUGUAAUCCUAGGUAAAAUAUAACGAAGUAAAUACUCGCAUGGAUGAAAAACAAACAAAUGUCCUCAACGUACGUACGUACGCAGCCAGUGUUCGACUUGAUUCACUCUUCUAUAAUUAUACAUAUAAUUCCUUAUGUGCUCAUGGUCAUAUGAUCGAUCAACAAAAGUUAAUUAGAACACCAGAAUAAGCUGUGCCAAAGGUUUGACAGUAAGAUGCCGUUCGGUUCGCAAGCUUAUGAUGGGACAGCACUUGGCUAGUUUACCCAAUCUUUCUAAAAUGGACAGUGAGCCAAAGUCUCUGGGAAAUUCUGCUGACGUACUGCUUGACCAAUCGGUUAUUGACAUGCCAAAUUUCAACACGGAGCAGGUUUCACAUGUUACAGAAAAUAAUGGAAAUGUUCCAACUAUGGCUGUUAACGAAGCUGAAAAUGAUGAGAACAAGGCCGAUCAGAACCUUGAUAACGGGCAGUUGAAUUUUGGCGUAGAUAAUCACAACUCCAGAUUCGAAUCUAUCUACAGUCAACAGAUAGAUGCUCAGGAUUCAAGAUCUAUCUGCAUUAAUGGAAACUUUGUUCCACAAUCUGAUUCGGUGCCAAAUAAACAACAAGAAGCAUCUUGCGGUAGCAGCAGCACCGGAAGCAGCAACAGCAGCAGUAGCUCUGAAGACAGUCCAACAAAUUUGGCGUUCAGAAGAACCUCAAAGACCUUAUCAUUUGGCAAGCGAAGAGGUAAGCAAAGGACAAAAGAUAAAAGUCCAACGUGCAAUCACCCUCUAUCCUCUAAGAAAAAGCGCAGCAAUUGGGUCUUGAAGUUCAAUUGCGCCAAGAGUAAGGGUUCAAAAAGUACAGACAUACCAGGACAGGGGAACAAUAGCUCCGAAUGCGUUUGUACCGGUUACAGACGAACAGAAGAACACCCAAUGGGUGCAGGAGUUGUAUUCAACAGUAACUCUGCUCCAGACAGCCCAGUCUUAGGACCUCUGCCUCCCAGCCCAGUGAUCGACUUGUCUCGCUUCAACCCUGAAGAAUUUCCUAUGGAGGACUGCGACGAAAGAGCGAGACUGCAACGCGCUAGGGAAAUGGAAGAAGGCGUCGAACCUCCACCUGGAUACAAACCUAAUCAUCCAGCAAGUAUUCAAGUUCAUCCAAAUGGUAUAACAGUCGAUAGUUUGGCCGCACUUUUUCAAGCAAAUGCUGGAAUCCAAGCAGCUGCUCUUACUGCCUUGUCUCAAAUGGAUUUUUCAUUGAUACCCCAUAUCGAACGGCCUGCUCAUACUCAGGUUGAUUACGUUCACUGUCUGGUACCUGAUCUUCGUUCGAUAACUGCGUGCUCAUUUUAUUGGGGCAAAAUGGAUCGUUACGAAGCGGAACUCUUACUAGAAGGUAAGCUGGAGGGAACUUUUCUAUUGCGCGAUUCUGCCCAGGAAGAAUUCCUAUUUUCCGUAAGUUUUCGAAAGUACGGGCGCUCGCUCCAUGCGAGAGUCGAACAAUGGAAUCACAAGUUCAGCUUCGACUCCCACGACCCUGGUGUCUAUGCAUCCGAAACGGUUUGUGGCUUGAUAGAACACUAUAAAGAUCCGUCGUGCUGCAUGUUUUUUGAGCCAAUGCUCACAAUACCAUUGCAUCGCACGUAUGCCUUCCCUCUUCAGCAUUUAUGCCGCUCAGUUAUAACUACUAGAACAACCUACGACGGCAUCAAUAAGCUUCAACUACCAAAAACUUUGAAGAGUUAUCUCAAGGAGUAUCACUACAAGCAAAGAGUCCGAGUGAGGAGGCUAGACACCGAGAGCGAUCUUCAGUGAUACGGUAAAUUCCUGUCGUUGAUGUUGUAAUGGAGUGUUGCAAGCCCCCCUCUCCUCUCGACUGAUUUCAGUUUUAAUUUUAAUUUCACUCUGAUAUACUUGUUAUAUUACGCUUAGAUUCUUAAUUCAGCCAGAUGCACACGUACAGUUGUAAUACCACAAUGGCACUUUCUGAUCAUUUAUAUAUAGACUUCGAAUUGACAGUAGAUACUCUGAAGUUGUUUAUUACAUUUAUUGAAUUUUGUAAAGUACUUUGAUUUAUACAUAUAUAAUCAACAUGUUAUUGGUCUACUUUGACUUACCGUGAAAUUAUUGUUAGAAAGUUAUUUAAAUAAAAAAAAUUACGUAUAGUAUUCUAUUCGAAGAUGUAGCCGUAAACGGAAAUAAAAAUCUCAAUCUGUAUGGUUGAGCCAGAAAAUUUGACAAAAUUUCGUGCAGAAUUACGUGAGAAAAUAAUUAAAAUGGAAUAUCUAAUGAUUGAUAUAUUAUUAUUUAUCUCUAACGAAAUUGUGUUCAAAUUGUUUUUUCCAUUAUUAGGCAAACCUACCUGUUCUAAAUUCUGACCUAUGAGAUUGUGAGAAAAAAAUGAAGUUUAAUAAAAUAUUAAGAAAGAAAACAAUCUCGUAGAUGUGCCUUCUAUAGAUGAAAGAAAGUCCAGUUACUUUGCGCGGUUUUUUUUCUUUAUAAUGAGAAUCUUAAUUCAGUGCUAAACAAUCAUCUUCUAUUCUCAUGUUCGUAAUUUCAGCGACUGUGGAUUGUAAAUAUUUAAUCACAAUGAGAAAAGUUACACGCAUACGCGAUAUUAUACGUUAUAAUCAUUAAUAAUUAGAACAAUUGACUGAUGAAAAACACAAUUGAAUUAUAACACGAAUUUUGAUUAUGUAACCAGCCAUAGGCUAUAUCACAUUAUUUGUAUACAUGUCGGGCUAUGGCGACUGAAUAUGGCACGCGGAAAAAAUUUAAGUGAGACUCCUUGGAAUGGCAUAUUGUACAGAGUGGAAAUAACGAAUCUUUAUGGUUAACAGCAUGGAAAUUCCGAUGAAACACUACAAAUCUUAUAGAUAUCUGAGAUCAUAUUGAUAAUGAGAUAUCCAAAGCAUACUUACUCGACUUUAGUAAAAAAUAUUUGUAGUGGAAGUUCAUACGCUGACAUAUAUCUAUAUAUUACGAAUCUAUAUUUGUUAUUGUUGGAAAAAACUUUUUUGUAAGCAACGUAGAGUAAUUUCGGCCGUGCUAGCUAUAAUUCUAGACUCUUUAUUGUUCUAUCAUCCAUAAUUCGUAUAUGAUUCAGAUGUAUUACUGAUUAAAUUAAUCAUAAUGGUUUUAAUAUUCAGUACGAUAUACAACUGCCGAAAAUAAUAGAUCGUAAUUAUUCUUUUACAGUUCUUAUAGUUCAAAUGUGAUUAUUAAUAAGCAUUGUUGGAUGAUAAUUUAGCCGGAUAGAAAAAUAUAAAUAAGAGAAAAAGUAAGCUGCAUUUAGUUCGGGACUAUAUUAUGAAGUAAAAUGAAAAAAAUAGCAACGUGGACUGUUAGAAAAGUGAACAAAUUCAUAUUUUUGGUCUAGACAUAUACGAGAAAUUCUGUCUAGCUUUGUGUGCAUUAUCCAAUUAUAUCGGUAACGACCAAGUUUUUAGUUCUCCAUUCACAAACUCUAGUGACAGCAUUCACCUGAAUAUAACUGUCGUCAUCAUAAUUACAAAUAAGCAAUAAUAUGAAGCGACAUCACAUAUUAUGAUAAUUCUUUAACUCAAUUUAAACAUACCCAAAAUCUUAGAACGCAUAUUUAACAUUUAUAAACUUUAAUUCACAUACUCUGCCAUUAGAGUAUGUGUAAAUUACAUUAUUCAUCCGAAUUAUACCUAUAUGGUAACAUUGUAUUCAUUACAAUAUUGUACAUACUGUAAAUCAUGCAUUGCAUACCAUUAACAUUAUUUGGAAAUAAAAAACAUUAGAAACGGAAAAAUUUUAUUCCGAGGA